AUGGCUAAACCGAGCUGGAAUUUCUCGAUUUUUUCCUAUUUAUUUUACCUCUUUUUGGCCCUUUUCAUUCAUAAAUCAAGGGCUGAAUUGUCUGAUGUGACAGGAUAUCUUCUGGACGAUGUCAAUGAGGGAGAGUUGGCUGGAUUUGGUGAUUUCAACUCUGAUAAAACUACCGAUCUUUUUGUGAUCUCCCAGUCUGGUAAAGAUGUGAUCUUAAUCAUCGCUGCGAAGGAAGGCCAGUAUAAAAAGAAACUCUUGAUUGACCUCACAAAACACGUCAAUGGUACUACGAUUACUAGCGUUAUGCCUGGUGACUUCGAUGGUGACUCCCAAAUGGAUGUUCUCAUCACAACGUCGACCUCACCCAAGAACUUGAAUGUACCAGUAUCGGUCCUUAUCUACUGGGGCAAAAGAGAGGGAUUUGUGGUUGAGAAUAAACCCCUCGUUAUUGACACCAAGAUGAGACAGCAGCCCUUAGUGAUGGACUACAACGCCGACAUGAUUCCUGACCUGUUGGGUGAGGAAUCGUCCUCUGGCAAACGAUAUUACUGGAUAGCAAGUAACAAUCGCUCUUUUACACGGCAAGAAGUUGUUCUUCCCAAUAAUGGCACAUUAUUACCAAUGAGAAUACCUCAUUCUAAUGCCUUCAUUGAUUUGGAUAAUGAUUUAAACCCAGAUUUAUUUGUCACAUCCUAUGAUAAGGCUUCCAAGAAACAGAUAUUUGAACUUUGGUAUAAUGAGAUUGGAUCAGGAGGCUGGACGUUGAAUGGUACACUUGAGCCACCACAGACGGAUGCUGCAUUCAUUGGACAGGCUGUCUUCACCGAUAUUAAUGCUGACAAAAAGAUGGACAUCUUACUGCCAAUCUGCAGUGAUGCCAAUUGCGCAGAGAGUGGUAUCUAUGCCUAUUCUGAAGGGAACUGGACACUAAUGAUAAGCAAGUUCAUGCGUGCUGAUAAAACAUAUAAAUUUCUGCCACCAGGCAUGGCUGAGGAACAGCCAAUUACCCUCAGAGUGGGCGACUAUAACUUGGACGGUUACCCAGACGUGGUCACUGUCUUACAAACAGAAGAUAAUGGUGAGAAAAAACAGCAGGCCUUUAUCCUGUAUAACUAUGACUGUAAAGCUGCCAGCUGCAAACGAUUGGGAAGAACAUUCUUUGUUGACUAUGGAGCUCCGCUGAGUUCAGUCAAGGAUGCUAUUACUGUAGCCUUCUUUGAUAUCUAUGAAAAUGGCAUCCUAGACAUAUUCGUGACAAGUAGGACUAAGAAGGGUACUGAUGUGCAUGCCUUCUUGCACGGCUUUGCCCUGGAUGCUUGCUUUAUGAAGGUGACUGUGGUCAGUGGCUUGUGCUACCACGAUUGUGGACAAAACUCGCCUUAUGGGACAGAUCAACCUGGUCCAACAGUUAGUUAUGAAACAACUAGAACUGAUGGUACAACACAGGUCAGCGUAGCUGGCCAGUUAUCGCAGUCUGCCUACAUGUCACUACAGUUACCAUACACAGUGUUUGGUCUUGGUAUAUCUCCAAAUUUUGUGGAUUCCAUGGAGGUGGGGAUACCAACUCCUGCAGAUAGUACCUCGGUCAGAAAAAAGAAGUGGACUUCAAUCAUUCCCAACUCACAGUUGAUAGUUAUACCACAUCCUAGCGAUGACCCCAGUAGUUGGUACAAUAAAUUAUUCAUUGCCCCAAUGGCCAAUAAGCAAGUCCUAUACACAGCGGCUGCUUUACUGGGCACUUGCGGAUUGGUGGCUAUUGUAUCGGGGGUGCUGCAAUGGAGAGAAAGGGCUGAAGACAAGAAGGAGAAGCUAGUUGAUGCUCAGAAAUUCCAUUUUGAUGCGAUGUGAGCUGGUGCUGAAAGAAUCUCCCAUCUAGUCAUGGAUCUAUGCAAAUUGGACCAUUUACACCAGUUCUCGGUCUAAUGCAACCGAAGAAAAAAAGGAGUUACCAGUUUGUCAUUAAUCUGAGGAGAAUGUUGUACCUUCACCAUGUCAUGUGUUCCUUGGGCAGCCACGGUAAAGGGAUAACAUUGGGUUCAUACUAUUUCCUUUGUAAGGUGCAUGAUCUUGUGAUAAACGAAUGCUGUAAUAUAUUUAGAUUUAUUUAUUUUCAUGUAUAGAUUUUACAUGUGGUGAUGGGAAGCUUACUGUGUAUAUAUUUGGUUACUGUUCAGAUUUGUAAAUAUUGACUUCGGUCAAAAACCUAUUGCUACUUUUGAAGUCAUAGUUUUUAGCUCACCUCUUAGCAGAGGUGAGCUUAUCCCAUACCGUGGCGUCCGUCGUCCGUCGUCGUCGUCGUCGUCGUCGUCGUCGUCGUCGUCGUCGUCGUCCGUCGUCCGUUAGCAGGGCACGUUUCGUAACUGUUAGAGCUAUUGAGUUGAAACUUGGUACACAUGUACCCUUAUGUAAUGACACCUUGGAGACCAAGUUUCGGUCCGAUUCGUUUCAUGGUUUGGCCACCAGGGGGCCAAAUGUUAAAAGUGAAAAUAUGCAAUAUCUCCCUUAAUAGUAGUCGGGAAAUUUUGAAAAAAAUAUGGUAGGUACUUCUAGGAAAGGUGCAUCAUAUAUCCUCCGGGUUUUUGAUUUGACCUCCUUUUCAAGGUCACAGAGGUCAAAUGGUGUAAAUUGGCCGUUAGGAUGUAACGAUGGCACGUUUCUAAACUGCAAUGACUAUUGAUACCAAAUUUGGUACACAUUUACCCCUUAGUCAGGUGAUCUCAGGGAUCGAAGUUUGGUCCAAUAUGAUUCACCACUUGACCACCAGGGGGCAAAAUCCAAAAACCUUAAAAAUGUGAUUAUUCCUUAACUUCUUGCCCGAUUGCCACCAAUUUGAUAUCAUGGGUACAUCUAACCACCAUACAGUAUAUGUCACACAGGUUUGUAAUUUGACCUUCUUGUCAAGGUCACAGAGGUCAAAUGACGUAAAUUCGCCGUCAGGCCGUAACUAUGGCACGUUUCUUAACUGCAAUGACUAUUGAUCACAAAUUAAGUACACAUGUACCCCUUGGUCAGGUGAUCUCAGGUACCGAAGUUUGGUGCGAUCUGAUUUGCCGUUUGGCCUCCAGGGAGGGGGCCAAAUCCUAAAUUCUUCAAAAUGCCAUUAUUCCUAGUAAUUACUUGCCCGAUUGGCACCAAUUUUAUAUCAUAGGUACAUCUAAUUCUAACAACCAUUCAAUGUGUCACCCGGGUCUUCUUUGAUUUGACCUACUUUUCAAGGUCACAGAGGUCGAAUGUACUGUAAAUUGGCCAUUUUGGGGAAAUUGUAAUUGCUUGGACCUACAUCAAACCUAACACUACAUGACACAAUACCAUGCUCUUUAUCCAUCUUUCCUCCACAUGAGGUGAGCACAAUGGCCCUGGCCAUUUCAUUUUGCUUCAGUGGGUAUCAAACUUGAUGAGGACACCAAUUUUGGUUCCAAAAUGGUCAUUACCAUUCAAUUCGACCUCUGUAUCCAGGAUACAUCAGAUUGUCCUUAAUGGGUAAUCUCAGGCACUGUUCUGACUGCAAUUUAAUUGCAUCUGAAAUUAUGAGAAAAUAUUGUAACAAUAGAAUAAAAAUAAAUUUUGAGAAAU